UGGAUUGUCUGGCUCGACAGCGGGCAUCGGGUCACCAGGUAUGACAGCGGGCACUGGGUCACCAGGCAUCAGGUCAUUUGGCUUGCCAGCGGGCACCGCGUCAUCUGGCAAGGCAGUGGGCACCGGGUCACCAGGUAUGACAGCGGGCUCUGAGUCAAUUGGCACGACAGCGGGCACUGGAUCAGGUACCGGAUCAUCUGGAUCAACAGCGGGCAUCGAGUCAACUGGCCUAAUAGGAUCGUCGGGCUGGAUCAGUUCAUCUGGGAAGGCAGGUUCUCUGAGUCACGGAAGGCAGGUUCACCGGUUUGGAUACUGGCAGGAUGGUACUGGUUGGAAA